AUUCCGCACAGGUGAGCGAUGUUGGCGUGCCCUGCUGCUGACAGCUCCUGCCUCGAGAGCGCGCGCGCGCAGACACACACACAGGUGGUUCAAUCAGCGCGGCCCGCGACGCCAAGGACAUUUUUCUUCCACAGCGGUUCGUUGUUGUGCUUGAAAAAUAAAUGACAAAAUCAGCUGACUUUACUCGGUUACAUGGGUCUACUGUAGAGGGUUUCUGAAUUUUGUGAGCUACUCGACGGGAAAUGAUGCUGCCGGAUGAAUCUGCGAGGUUGGGCGCAGUUUUCCUCGUCGUUUCACUGAGCUUUUCUUUUCAAGGUGCAUACAGCGAACUGCUGGUUUUCCCUUCUGGUCCCACCGUGGUGAAUGCGAGAGCUGGCAGCAACGUGACUCUGGCUGUGUCCUUCAGUGGGGCCCCUGAUCCGGUGGUCACCUGGUUCAAGGGAGGUUUACCUGUCCUCACGUGGGCCGUCGGCUCCAGUGCCGCCCCGGACGUGGCCGAGGACAACAGGGAGGUGCUGAGCGUCGAGGCGGACGGAUCCCUCACCUUUGUCAGCGUGCCGUUGGGCUACACCAGUAACUACACCGUUAAAAUGACAAAGUCUGGCCUGGGCGAAGCCCAGACAGCUUUCACCCUGAAAGUAUUUGACAUCUUCCAGGACGUGGAGCUGAGCAUGCUGCCGCCUUUCGCCAAAGAGGGAAGCGACCGGUUCACCCUGCGAUAUGCCAUGUCGCAAGGGGUGGUUGAGCAACAGACGUGGCUCUUCAAUGAAGGCGAGAUAAAAACCAGCUCGCACUACUCGGUGGAGCAGAGUAGCCUGGUGAUCCUCAACCCGAAGCGAGGUGACACAGGAUGGUACACGGUGAUACUGACAAACCCCUUCAGCCGCGCGUCGACUCGCAUCAAUGUCACUGUGCUGUAUGGACCAGAGGAGCCCAUAGUAGAGGCCCGUCCUCCUCUGCCUUUCUAUGUAUCGGGGGACUCCCUGAGCCUCUUCUGCCGGGCGGAGGGAAUCCCACAGCCGACUGCUGAGUGGAUCUUUGGUGGUCAGACCCUUUCAGAUUCCCGCGAAGGAGUCCUGAAUCGAACAAAUGUACACGUCAGUCAAGGAGGUGUUUAUACGUGCAAGUUAAUCAAUGAGCUGACAAAAGAGCAGCUCCAACGGAGCAUGACUUUAAGUGUUUAUGAGAGGCCGUCAGGAAACCCGACAUGCUCAGUGCAGUCGGUGAAUGUGAACGCCGACCUGCAGUAUCACUGUCAGUGGCUGGGGGGAACCCCACUGGCCCAGCUGUCUUUCCCGGCACUGAGCAGCACCAGCAGCGGAGCAGGGAACUUCAGUAUGACUGUCCCCGCCUCAGAUACCUUCAACGGGAAAACUGUCAAAUGCAUGGCCGUCCACCCAGUUGAACAGAAUCAGUGCAAUAUUACUGCAAGUAGUCCAGCGGAGUUCCUCCCAGCUGUGAGAACCACAGUUAACUCCGAGGGCAAAAUAGUGGUCGCCAUCCACUGUGUCAGCGAGGCCGCGCCUCAGGCUGUGGUGUCAUGGUCCAAAGGCAGCGAGGCCGUCACCAACGGGACAACUUACCAGAUCAGCAAUGACACCACACACCUCAAGAUCCACGGUUACAACGUCAGCAACUUUCUCCAGCAAAAAUACACCUGCACCUGCCGCAACCCACUGGGCAGCCAGAGACUGGAAAUACAGUUACGAGGACCGUCGGUGUCACGUUCCAGUUUGUUCCCUAAUCAAGAUGGAACCAUCAUCACGUUGACCUGGGAGGUCCCGUCUACCUCUAUCGUUACAGGGUUUGACGUCCAAAUGAAAGGACCAGACCUCGUACCAGAAAUUCGUAAUAGCACCCAAACCAGAGCCACGUCGAACGAAUAUCGCACCGUCCAGCAGAAACCUGGCUCUGCUCGGAGUGCAGACGUCUUUCUCCUCGAUCCCGACUUGACGUACCGCUUCCGAGUCGUCCCCAAAGCUCGUCUGACUGACGGAGAGCCGUCUGAGGUCCAUAGAAUUGGCCCGGGUGAAGGUCUGAGUGGUCCUGCCAUAACUGGCAUUGCAGCUGGAAUCCCCUGCAGCCUCCUCUUCCUGCUCCUGCUGGGUGGCCUCAUCUACCUGUGCAUCUACUGCAACAAGAACAAAAGUCGACAGGCAAGAUAUCCAGUGUCCCGAGCUGUUGAGAAGGCAAUAACAACCCAAUCAGAAACGACGCCUCAUAACCUGCUGACAGGAGGGCUGAAGUCUCCUCCCGAUUACAACCGGUUACAGCUGAAUCCCUCUGAAAGAUCCGUGGCUCUCCCCACAUUCGUCCCUCCACCGCCUGUCAGAGUCGCCACAACUGUCUGAACAAACAGGAUUUGUGUAUAUUGAUUUUGUACGGCAUUUUACUUUUAAUUUUAAAUCUAUGAUAUUUUUUAUAUUUGUGUCGUUAUUUUAACUAAAACAUGGAAUAAUGUCAAACUGUUUUAAAUUUCCGGUUUUGUAGCCAUAUUUAUUGAUAAUAAAGUUUUCAAGUUAUCUCUGUAAAUCUAUUUAGUCCACCACAGUCACCCUCCUUUUAAUUUUAUUAUUUUUUAUUUUUUAAAUUAUGAAUUUUUAAUUUAAAACACAAAUUUAACAUUAACAUUGUCAUUUUAAUUUCUGAUUAGAUUAACAAUUGAUUUAUAAUGCAAUUAUAAUAUUUACUUAAAUUGUCUGUUUUAUAUUUUAAUAAAUCAGUUACAUAUUCUGAAAAUCUGUCAACACUAGUGAAUUAUGGAAUGGGGAACAAAAACAGGGAAUGUUUUGUACCAAAUAUCUGUAUUUUUUAUUUCUUAAGGUUUAAAACAGAAAAUCUAAUUUGUUUUGGCCAUUUGUCCGUUUUAUCAGCUAGUGUCCACAUUUGUGAUAUUUUAAAUGUUUUAUGAAAUUGCAUUUGUGUGUGUGUGUGUAUAUAUGUAUACACACACAGUUUAAAAAAAGUUAUAGUGGAUGACUUUGAGAAGGUCCUGUUUUUUUCUGUUAUAUAUGCGGGAUUCAAUGUAUUAUAGUCUUACAUCAUUUUCAUGCUGUGAUAAUUCUUAACUGGCUCCAGGACUAUAUAAAACUGUUUUUUUGGGGCAUGUGUCAAAUGAAGUGAGGGUCCUGGUUUGACCACACGUGGAAAAAACAAUAUUGACCAAAAUUCCUUAGUAAUCUUAUGUUUAUAUAGUAUAGGUACACAAGUACAAUUUUAAUCAUUGGGGUAUUAAUAAGUUGUGCUGCUAUCAUUGCUAAUGCUAUCAUUAAUAACAUCUUU